CAGAAUCAAACCGUGACCUCCUGGUUCAUAGGUCGAUGCUCAACCACUGAGCCAUGCCAGCUGGGCACCUCUGCUGCAUUUUGUUGAAAGAAUGCUGGAGUGGGAGCAAGGAGAUUGGAGUUCUCACCUCAGCUUUACAGUGUUCAAGCUGUGUGGGAAUGGGUGCCUCUUGUCUUAUUUGGGCCUCAUUAUCCUCAGCUAUAAAAUGGGAGGGUCAGACUAGAUGCUCUCCAAAGUCCUUGUCAGCAAUAUCACUCUGAUUUCUCUGCUUCUCUCACAAGCCUGAAGACACCAAGAGAUGGAAAAAUAGGCCCUUGUUUUUUGUUUGUUUUGCUUGUAUUACCUCUGCUUGGGCAAACUAUUCCAAGCAGCUGGGACACCUGUGCCACUGUCUUGGUGCCACAACCCCCCACCCUCUGCCCGGUGUCAGCUGGCUCCUCCCCAGGGGUGCAGAUGCCAAAUGAGCAUACUGGAAUGGGGUAUUAAAAGUUUCAGCCUUGGUCCCUGAAACACUUGAUUUCUGCUUGAUGCCUGCAGCCAUGUGGCUGCUUCUCCUACUCCUGCUCUGGCUGAGUCCUGUGGCCCCAAACUGGGAGACAGGCAGCUGCUCCCAGGCCCAGCCCUUCUGCUGCCCUGGAACAGAUAACCACUGCAAGAGAGGAGACUGCUUCUGUGAUGACUUCUGCCGCGAGCUCUCCGAUUGCUGCCCAGACCACCACGCCCUCUGCAGCCCUGGCAGCUCACACGCAGGCUCCUCCCCUCCGCUGAACGCUGUGAUUGACAGAGGCGAGCCCCUCCUAUCGACUGCAGGCCAAGCUCCUCAGAAUGCCACGAUGGUGCUGCAGAUGGUGUUGAGGAUGGAGAACCCACCAAGCCUUGCCAGAAGCAAUCUCAACUGGGUGCAGAGCAUGGUCCAGCAGUUUCUCCAAACCAGACUCCCACGGAAACCCCUCUCCGUCUCUGUGAAGCGGGCCAGGAAGAGAGCCUGACACCGCUCCUGAACUCCCCCCCCGGUCCAUGGAGCAGGGCUCCCCUGCCCGCCGGGACCUGCUGGCCACAGAGGUGCUGGCCUCCCUGCUGCUUCCAACGUGGUUCAACCAGAGAAAAUGGAAACCUGCUGUUUUUAAUGUUUAUAGAAUUUAAACGUGUGUAGAAUCAGCCAUACAAAUUAUAAAACAUCCAUUUGACUCUUGCUCUUCAUUGUUUUGUGAUUGUUACAGUGAAUCUAGUAA